UAUGUGAGAUGUGUUGAAUGUGAGCCUUUGUCGGCAACAUAACCCCUGCAACAGUAAACUGUUUUCUCUUAAAUUCAUGAUUUACGUGAUGUCACCUUAAAACACAUUAAUUAAUGAGACACCAUUGAGUCUGCGAAGCAUUUGGAGGUUAAUUACAACUGGUAAUCACAUUCUGAUGUCAUUUUCAGUAUUACUGAUCUAUGCCUAGAGCAUCAGACUACAUCAGAGUCAUCCUUUGCAUUUCCAUGUGGCUCCCACCACCUCUCGCGUAUUUUGCGUACACCGAGCACCACAUUUUUUUGUAGCUUUCUGUGAUUUACUCAUUUCCUGAAAUGUUCAUGUCUUCCUGAUCGCACAAACAUUCUCUCUUGUUCCCCAACAGGCACCAUGGAACCGGACAACGCCCCAAGCCAUGCUGAUGGUGGUCUUUUGAAUGUACAUGGGAAAUCACAUGUGCUUGUUACUGUUCAGGCUUUGCUCCACUGCGCCCAUUUUUUGGAAUUCCUGUGUUCUGACGCACAUCAUAAAAACAAUUGUGGAAUCCGUGAUCAAUGCAUAAUAUGCUGUUUGAAAAAUAUCUACCGAGACUUAUGUGACAAAAAGCUGUCUGACCCUGCUCCUCUGAUUGCCAAGUGGUACAGUGCAUCAUGUCAUAUGAGUCCAGAGCGUCAGAACAGUCCUUUAAUUGUCAUGACUGUCUUUGUCAACCUGAUUAGAUUGGAAUAUGCUGAUGCAGGUUACAGUUCCGCUUUAGAUCUUGACUCAUCACCUGUUGCUAAAAUCUGGAAAUAUUUAGUGAAGACUGAUGUCUCAUGUCCCUCCUGUGGCUCUGUGGAAGAGGACCAGGUGAAGAGUGUUGUAGAGUUUAAAAGGAAGUCACUACCUAAUUUGCAGAAUGCUAUCGUGAAGACCUUGUUUGACUCCAUUGAAGAAGUUUGUCCACAUUGUAAGAAAAACCAAGCACAAGUGAAUGUGAAAACUGUCGAAUUGCCAAAGUGUUUGAUUGUUCAUAUGGAAAACUGUACUCUACAAUCCCAGUUACCCUUUGAACUAGCUAUCAGGGGUACAAAGCUGUCACUUAAAUGUUUGAUUGUAGACCCCAAAGGUGUUCAGAGGAGUUGUUUCAUUAUAACCAACUGCCCUGAUUAUAAGUUUAGGAGGUUUGAUGACACUCAAAUCACAUUGGUUUCUCCCCAAAUGCUUUCCACAGUUGACUUCUACACCAACUCCAGUGUAAUGGUACUGUAUGAAACUAAAGUAAAAAAACAGGUCAAAAUAAAUCACAAGCAAAUAAUCAAGCCCAAUCGGGGAACACAUGGAAUGAAGAUACUCUCCUAUCCUGAUGUGUCAGCAUUACCUCCACCACAACCUAAUAGAGAUAUGGGUGAUCAAGAAAACAUGGUUGAAUCCCAAAGAACUUGUAAUGAAGGUGUUCAGACAGAAUCAAAAUGUAUGAUUGAUCGAGGAGUACAAACAAUCCCUUACUAUUCUUAUGAAACAUGCAAAUGUUCUCCCAAGUUCAAGUUCUUCACGGGUUUGGAUGUAGAAGAUUUCAUCACCCUAUUUGACUUAAUUGGUGGUCAUGAAACUAUAUCGACUUUGAAAAGGAAGUAUACUGGCUCUACUCCGAAGAAAAUUAGACCUCAAAAACUAACAAGUGAGGAUAAACUGUUCAUGUUUCUGUUGAGGCUAAGGAGAGGAUUACCCCUUGAAGAAUUAGCGGAAAUGUUUGGAAUUGGACAUACUUUAGUCCAUGACGUAUGCUACAUCAUGACAAGAUUGUUGUAUUUGACAUUCAAAUCGAUGGAGGAUGACAUGUUUCCCACAGCUGCUGAGCAGCGCAAAUACAAGCCUCAAAAAAUGAAACAUUUUAAGAAUUUAAGAAUUCUUUUGGAUGGGCUGUCAAUCUUCAUAGAAGCACCUAGCAAUUUUGAACAGCAAGGAAAUACCUAUUCCUCUUACAAAGGUUGCAAUGUGAUUAUAUUUUCAGUGGGCAUUUCAUGCAAUUGUGCCACAGUAUUUUGCAGUGACGGAAUGGAGGGCUCCAUGUCUGACAAAGGUGUUAUUGUGAAUAGCAACUUGCUCAGUAGACUGCAGAAGGGAGAUGGGGUAAUGACUGAUCGAGGAUAUGAGCUGACAGCUGAACUACAGGAAAUAGGUUGUGAAUUUUAUAAGCCUCCCACUUUGGGCGAACGUCGAAACUUCACCAAGGAAGAGGAAAUUUUGACCAAAGCUAUUGCAUCUGCUCGGAUAUAUACAGAGCAUGCAAUUGCAGACAUCAAAGAUAAUAGGCUUCUAAAGGGUGUUUUGCCUUUUAAGCUGUUGCCAGUUGUGGAUAACCUCGUCUACAUUGCAGCUUACCUGCGAAACUUUGGUUCAAGCCGGAUUCAUGACAAGAGAUUUGUAGUAAGUGAUGUACAAUCAGAAACCUUGGAUGAUCCAGGACAAAUUCAUGAAGGGCAAGGAAAUGAUUCCGUUGUAAAGGAGACUGAAGAGUGAUAGGUCUCAUGAGCAAAAUGUAUUAGUAUGGAAAUCAUGACGAUUGUGUGUUCCAAAAGUUGGAAAUGAUGCGGCAACCUUGUUCUGUACCUUUACUCAAUGAGGUAUAAUUUUGUAAUUUUUAUAUGCAUGAAGAAAAUGCAUUUUACAUGAGAUGUAGAUGGAAAUGACCAACCCCCAAAUGCAUAAUGACAAAACUCACCAAUUUGUUGGAAGACUUUUCUUGAAACCUGUUACAUAGAUGUAUUGUUGUCAAUCACGUAAAACAAAUAAUUAAUGUCAUCUUACCUAACUGUACGCAAGUGUUUAGUUCAAAAAUAACUACAACCCCCAUCUCUCCACUAAUGAGUACACAUUUUAAAAAAGGAGGUGAGUGUGCAAAUAUUUUAAAUAAAGCUUCACAUGUCACAAUUAAAAUUCUAAUUACUUGCCUGCUAUGUCCUGUAUUAACCAAACCAACAACUUACCUCCUGGCCCAUUCAAAUUCUUAUGUAUCAGGAGGGAGAAUAAUAAGGCACUGAUAUGACUGCACCUUCCUAAAGCCCUCUGUGGGCAUGCCUGGUCACAGAUACACUUCACGAUACUACCUGAAACUUGUGAUAGUGCCACUUUUACCAUGUAGGCUUUCUCCCUCAUUGAUGCUCUAACUUGAGCUUUGUAUAAAUGUAUGCGACCAGGUAAGUUGUCCUGAAUGUUGCGGACAUGUCCACUUUUGACAUACAGUAACCCUCUGCGCAGCUUUUUGCUACAUUUUAUCUCUGCUUUCUCAUCAUCCUCAAAUGGGUCCUGGAGCACCACAAUUUCCUCUUCUACAAUAUCACAGGCUUCAUCACCAGACUCUCUAUCACUUUCUCUAUCUUCAGUCUGCCUAAGGAUAUCACCAAGUUGAGGCAUUGUCUCUUCAAGAUAGUGGAAGAUGCUUCCAAAAUUAAAGCUGGCUGGCAUGUCCCUACUUGGGAAGGUGUCCCAGCCCUCACAGCAAAAAAGGUCCACCUCGUCGAUGCGAUUUGGGUCCUAUCAGAGAGAAUUUGUGGUAUUAGUUACAUAAAAGAUAUGAAUUAAUUUUAGUAUUAUUAUUAUGAUUGAAGUACCUGUGAUUGCAUCAAUUGGUCUUUCUUUUUUUCGUAAAACACUCCACCCCCUGCCUUAGGGUCCAAGACAAGAUGUUUAUUCAGAGCUAUGCAAUUUUCAACUCUGAAAUUAAGAAAUAAUCUCUAAUAAGUGACAUGACCACCGAGAACAUUUUAAAGCGAAUUCAGAUAGCUUUCACAUGAUUACUUUUUCAAGAGCUCCCCUUUGUUGCCACCCGUGGGAAUACCGCGGAACUUUAGCCAUGUUCUAAGCUGAUGAAUAUUAUUUCUCUUCAAUUCAGGAUAAGGCAAAUUGGCCUCAGGAACUUCUGUGGCAGUCACUUCAACAACAACAAACGGAUCAGAGGGAGGUGUGUCAGAUAUUUCGAUACCGGAUGCCUCAUUCUCCUGCAAGAUAAGCAAUACUGGCUCACUGCAUUUACAGACAGGAAAAAAAAGAGGGAAAAGGGAAGUUCAAUAAAUCAGUUUCACUCACAAUAUUCUCUAUAUAAGGAGUCUCUUCCACUACAUCCUGAAAUAUAAAUUCAACUUUUUUCUAUAAAACCCAAGCAUACAUUUAAAGGUACUGAAAUUAGAUAAAUUUGCCAUGCUUACAGGAAUUGUUAUCUGCUUCUUCACCAAAAAAUAAUCAUGUUCUGAUUCCUCUAAAUUUUCUUUGGGCCUAUCUCUGGGCUUCCACUUAAUUUUCAAUGGUGUUACAGCCUCAGAAGCCGGAACCUUUGUGCAGGUCAAUCAAGAUUAGUGUAAAAUAAACUUACCUCAAUAAGCCAGGUUAAUCUCCGUUCUAAAGUGCUGACCAGAGUGGAAGAACAAUAAUCAUGAUCAAAUGUUGCAGUCACAGUAGUACAUGAGGACUGCAAUUUAAUUUUGAUGGGAGAUACAACAGCUGUGUCAGUUGCUGAUGAUGCUGAAGAAAACUAGGGAGUAAAUAGAAAGAUGAUAACUAAUGCAAAAAUAUAAAUUUGGUGAAGAGAACUGUACUGAUAUUAAUUAACGUACACCAUCAAAAUCUCUUGCUUCAUUCAAGCACUUGGAUGAUGGCUGUAAUUUGAUCUUUAAAGGGGAAACAAUAGCAGUUUCGGUAGUUGAUGAUGCAGCAGACAACUAAGAAAAACAGAUAAAAGAUUAGAAAAUGAAAAAGUAAAUUUUAUUUUGUAAGCUGAAAAACCUCAACCAUAGUUACUGCAUCAAAGUCAUCUCUCUCUGCACUGCUUCUUCCACAGAAUUGUCUUGCUUUCAAAGCACCAACAAUAGUUGACACAUGUUCCUGAAAAUGAUAAGCAAGUGUCACAACUUUUUUAAAACAAAGCUGUGGGUGAAUGAUAAAUUCUCUUACUUUUGGUUUUAAAAGCGAAGAGGGAAACAACUUGUUUCUUUUGACAGGAGCAUGUGCACAUUGCCCCAAAUUUACUUCAUCGGGUACUUUUGAUUCAACAAGUGGCUGAAAACCAGAAACUUUUCGAGAACCA